AGCCAUGAUCGAGGUGUUGGCCAAGCUGGGCCGUGGGCCCGUCUUUCUGGCAGGGGAGGUGCUGGAGUGCGUGAUCAUGUUGCUCUUUUUUGUUCUCAGUGAGAUGCUGGCAUGGGCCAGUGCCCAGAUCCACUGCCAGUUUCAUGCCAGCGAGAACCGAGUUGUGCUCCCUCCCUCUGAUGGCAGCAAGCACGAUGUGCAAGCAGAGAAUGAGACAGUCUUCGUCCCCAACAGAGGAGAGCGGGGUCAGUGUAUCCUGUCCACCCCACCAAAGAUCCUCUUCUGUGACUUGCGACUGGAUCCUGGGGAGUCAAAGUCCUAUUCGUACUGUGAGACGCUGCCUAUAGACGGCCCCCCGUCUUUCCGGGGACAGUCGGUGAAGUACGUGUACAAGCUGACCAUCGGCUGCCAGCGUGUCAACUCUCCCAUCAAGCUCCUGCGCGUACCCUUCCGUGUCCUCGUGCUGCACGGGCUCAAGGAUUACCAGUUCCCACAGGAUGAGGCUGUUGCACCCUCAAACCCCUUCCUGGAGGAGGAAGAGAGCUUAAAGAAAGACUCUCGCCUGGCGGACCUGGCGACAGAACUGCUCAUGGUGGCCACCUCCCGACGCAGCCUGCACCUGUAUAACAUCAGCAACACUCGAGGGAAGGUGGGGACGUUCUGCAUCUUUAAAACUGUGUAUAAGAUUGGAGAGGAUGUCAUUGGGACCUUUAACUUCUCGGAAGGAGACAUCCCAUGUCUGCAGUUCUCGGUGAGCCUGCAGACGGAGGAGAGCAUCCAGGAGGAGUUCCAGCGCCGGCGGGGGCAGCCUGUCUCCUUCAGCACGCACGCCCGCCAUCAGGAGGCCUGCUUACACACAGCCCAGAGCAGCUUCAGCCUGCCCAUCCCGCUUAGCUCUACCCCAGGCUUCACCACCAACAUCGUGUCCCUGAAGUGGAGGCUGCACUUUGAAUUUGUGACCUCCGGGGAGUCGGCGGGGACUUGCCUGGUCCGUGGGAGCCAGUCAGAGGCCAUCACCUGGGCUGGGGUGGAGCAGAUAGAAGUGGACACUUUCAGCUGGGACUUGCCCAUCAAAGUCCUUCCCACCAACCCCAUCCUGGCUUCCUACGUAUCUCAGUUCUCCAGCACAAACUCCAUCACCAUCUGA